CUCACAGCAGCCAGAGGAGGAGCGGGCGCGGCCGAGCAAGGAAGGGAAGGAAGGCAGGCAGGAAGCCGCCCGGCCGCGCUCUCGCUCGGAGUAGGCGAAGGAGGAAGAGGGGCCACCGGCAGGCGAGCGAGCGCAACAGAUGGCUGAGAGCUAGGAAGAACCAUUCCAGAGCAGGAUGACUCACAUUCCCACAGCCAUGAAUGGAGGAUCAAACAUUUGGGCCAUCACCUUGGAAGAGAGAGUGAAGUAUGACAAGCAGUUUGAUGGCCUUAAACCAGUUGGGGGAUAUGUCACAGGUGAUCAAGCACGUACCUUUUUUUUACAGUCGGGUCUGCCGUCUCCAGUCUUGGCUGAAAUAUGGGCACUUUCAGACCUGAACAAGGAUGGGAAAAUGGAUCAGCAAGAGUUUUCUAUAGCUAUGAAACUCAUCAAACUAAAGCUACAAGGCCAGCCUUUGCCCGUGGUUCUCCCUCCACUGAUGAAGCAGCCUCCAGCAUUCUCUUCCUUGAUUUCUGCUCGUUUUGGCAUGGGCAGUAUGCCAAACCUGUCUCUUCCACCAUCUGUUCCUACAAUGGCACCUUUGGCUCCAUUGUCCUCUUUUGCUUCUGUGACGUCCAUCCCCCCCCUUAUUAUUUCUGCUCCCCUGCUGCCUUCCACCAGCACACCUGCAUUGCCAAAUGGAACAACCAGCCUCCUCCAGCCACUACCAUACUCUUCAACUUUGCCUCACUUUAGUUCAUACAGUCCCAGGACGGGAGGAUUUGGUGGUGCCAACAUCCAGAAGACACAGUCCCUGAUAGAUCUUGGCUCUAGUAGUUCAAAUUCUUCUUCUACUACCUCACUAACUGGGAAUUCACCAAAGAUUGGAUUUUCAGACUGGGCAGUUCCUCAGGCUUCCAGAUUAAAAUACAGGCAGAAGUUUAAUAGCCUUGAUAAAGGGAUGAGUGGAUACCUGUCAGGGUUUCAGGCAAAAAAUAUUCUUCUGCAAUCAAACCUUGCCCAGACACAAUUAGCUACUAUCUGGUCACUUGCUGAUGUUGAUGGUAAUGGACAGCUGAAAGCAGAGGAAUUCAUACUAGCCAUGCAUCUGACUGAUAUGGCCAAAGCUGGGCAGCCUCUCCCACUAACUCUGCCUCCAGAGUUAGUGCCACCUUCUAUGAGAAGUGGAAAAUGUGCUGAAAAUACUGAUUGUGUUCUGCCAACAUACCAGAGAAUAAUGCAGGAAGAGGAACCCCCCCAAAAACCUCCAGUUACAUUUGAGGACAAGAGGAAAGCAAACUAUGAGAGAGGCAACAUGGAGCUGGAGAAACGCCGCCAGGUGUUGUUGGAGCAGCAGCAGAGAGAGGCGGAGCGUAAGGCUCAGAGGGAAAGAGAAGAAAAGGAGCAAAGAGAGAGGGAACGGCAGGAGCAGGAGCGAAGGAAACAACUUGAACUGGAAAGGCACUUGGAAAAACAGCGGGAGAUGGAGAAACGGAAGGAAGAAGAAAGAAAGAAAGAAAUAGAAAGGCGGGAGGCAGCAAAGCAGGAGCUUGAGCGCCAACGGCGUCUGGAGUGGGAGAGGAUUCGGCGUCAGGAUCUUCUUAAUCAGCGUAAUCGAGAACAAGAAGAAAUGGUCAAACUGGCCUCUAAGAAGAAGAGCCUCAAUCUUGAGAUGGAUGCCUUGGAUGACAAACACCAACAGAUCUCUGGGAGAUUGCAAGAUGUUAUAAAAAGAAAACAAGCUCAAAAAAAUGAGCUGGAUGUUCUGGAAAAGAAAUGUGAUUUGGAAAUUAUUGAAGUCAAGGAGCUACAACAACAAUUUCAAGAAUAUCAGAAUAAGCUGAUCCUUCUCAUUCCUGAAAAACAGCAGUUAAGUGAGAGAAUGAAUCAUAUGCAGAUGGGCAAUUCUCCUAAAACAGACCUUAAUUCAAUACAGAAGAAGUCCUCAGAAAAGGAAAAAUUAUGCCAAAGACUUAGAGAACAACUAGAUGCACUAGAAAAAGAAACGGCUACCAAGCUUUCUGAAAUGGAUGCUUUUGAUGAUCAACUUAAGUCUGAGACUAUGGAUGCGUCUGUUCUUCAGUGCCUUUUGUGUCUGCUAAGCUGUCUCAACAACCUCUUCCUCUUACUUAAGGAGCUAAGAGAAACCUACUCUACACAGCAGUUAGCUCUUGAGCAGCUCCACAGGAUCAAACAAGAUAAAAUCCAAGAACUAGAAAGAAGAAGAGCUGAGCUUGCACAGAAAAAGAAAGUGGAAGAUGAGGCUGCACGAAAAGCAAAGCGGGAAAAAGAGAACUUGUGGCAGCAGAAUAUCCGGAGGGAGGAAGAAGAGAGGAGAAAGCGACUACAGGAAGAGCGAAUGCAGGGAAAAAUCCAGGAGGAAAGACAAAAAACGGAGGAGGCAGUUGCGCAAGAAAGGGAAGCCCAGUUGCAAAAAUUGGCAGAGGAGAAACUUGAAGAGGAAAAACAGAACAAACAGGCUGAGAUGUUGAGAGAUACUGAGCAGCAAUGGCAGAAGCAAAAAGAAGACAAAAGAAGGCAGGAGCAGCUGGCAAAAGAAGCUGAGGAGAGGCAUAAGCACUUUGAUGAAGAGAAGAGAAGAAAAGACAUGGCCAAUCAGCAAGAGUCUGAGAAACCCAAUGUAGACAUUCUUAAACAGACAAAGGGACAAAGUCAUAAGUCACCAUUGAAAAAUGAAGGCCAUGCUGUGGGUUCCUCUGAGUCUAGGAAAUCUGUUGCCUUUGUGAAUUAUAGAGCUUUAUAUCCAUUUGAAGCAAGGAAUAAUGAUGAGAUGAGUUUCAGUUCUGGAGACAUAAUUCAGGUUGUUGAGAAAACUGAGGGAGAGCCUGGUUGGUUAUAUGGGAGCUUCCAAGGCCAUCAGGGCUGGUUUCCAGGCAAUUAUGUAGAAAAAAUUCCUGAAAAUGAAAACACCCUUUCACCUCCAAAGAGAGCCUUACUUCCUCCUACGGCAUCCUUACCAACUGUCUCAGUUCCUGUACAGCCGCUUUCGCCAAGUAAGCCAGCGGACGAAUCCGAUUACCAAAAUAUAUCUUUUUCAAGUUUAAAUGUCAACACAUGUCAGAAAAAAUCUGCUUUUACUCGUACGGUCUCCCCAGGAUCUGUUUCUCCCAUCCAUGGCCAGGGGCAAGUUGUAGAAAACCUAAAAGCACAAGCACUCUGUUCCUGGACCGCAAAAAAAGAUAACCACUUGAACUUUUCAAAAAAUGACAUUAUUACUGUCUUGGAGCAGCAGGAAAAUUGGUGGUUUGGAGAAGUAGGCCGAGGAAGAGGGUGGUUUCCCAAAUCCUACGUGAAGAUCUUGUCUGAACAUGAAAGCCAGAAAGAGGAGCCAGAAGCUGUUUAUGCAGCUGUAAAUAGGAAACUCCCAGCAUCGUCUUACACGUUGGACGAGGAAUAUAUAGCGCUAUAUUCUUACACAGGUUCUGAACCUGGUGAUUUAACUUUCAUUGAAGGUGACGAAAUAUUAGUUACUCAGAAAGAUGGGGAGUGGUGGACUGGAAGCAUCGGUGAUAAAAUUGGAAUAUUUCCUUCAAACUAUGUCAGACCAAAAGAUCAUGAAAAUUCUGCUACUGCUAGCAAAACAGGGACAUUAAAUAAAAAACCUGAAAUUGCUCAGGUUACGACAGCCUAUACGGCGUCCGGAACAGAACAGCUGAGUCUUGCCCCAGGGCAGCUGAUCCUUAUUUUGAAGAAAAAUUCUAGCGUAUGGUGGCAGGGAGAACUGCAGGCAAGAGGGAAAAAGAGGCAGAAAGGGUGGUUUCCUGCUACCCAUGUGAAGCUGUUGGGUCCAAGCAAUGAAAGGAAUACACCGGCUACUUACCCAGUGUGUCAAGUGAUAGCAAUGUAUGACUACAGGGCAAACAAUGAAGACGAGCUCAGUUUCUCCAAGGGGCAGCUUAUCAACGUACUGAAUAAAGAAGAUGCAGAUUGGUGGCAAGGAGAGAUCAAUGGCUCUUCAGGCCUCUUUCCUUCAAAUUAUGUUAAAAUGACCACAGACUGUGACCCAAGUCAGCAAUGGUGUGCAGAUCUCCAAAGUCUUGACACAAUGCAGCCCAUGGAAAGGAAGAGGCAGGGCUACAUACAUGAGCUGAUCCAGACCGAGGAAAAAUACAUGGAAGACCUUCAGCUUGUCCUAGAGGUUUUCCAGAAACAAAUGACUGAAACAGGCUGUCUCUCAGAAGCAGAAAUGGGAUUAAUUUUUGUUAACUGGAAAGAACUCAUCAUGUCUAAUACAAAGUUACUGAAAGCCCUGCGUGUGCGUAAGAAGAUGGGGGGUGAAAAAAUGCCCGUGCAGAUGAUUGGUGACAUUCUGGCUGCUGAACUGUCGCAAAUGCAAGCCUAUAUCCGGUUUUGCAGCUGCCAGCUGAACGGGGCUGCCCUCCUGCAGCAGAAAACGGAUGAAGAACCAGAUUUCAAAGAAUUUAUGAAAAAAUUGGCUUCGGAUCCUCGCUGUAAAGGAAUGCCACUCUCCAGCUUCCUGUUGAAGCCUAUGCAAAGAAUCACUCGCUACCCUCUUCUCAUAAAGAGUAUUCUGGAAAAUUCCCCUGAAACUCACCCAGAUCACAGUAAUCUGAAGCUGGCUCUUGAGCGGGCUGAGGAGCUGUGUUCCCAGGUGAAUGAGGGAGUGCGAGAAAAGGAGAAUUCAGACAGGCUUGAAUGGAUCCAGUCCCAUGUUCAGUGUGAGGGCCUUGCUGAGCAACUGAUUUUUAACUCUCUGACCAAUUGCUUGGGACCAAGGAAGCUUUUGCACAGUGGCAAACUCUAUAAAACAAAAAGCAACAAAGAAUUAUAUGGAUUCCUCUUCAGUGACUUCCUACUUCUCACCUACAUGGUCAAGCAGUUUGUAUCCACGGGGUCAGAUAAAUUGUUCAACCCAAAAUCAAAUACUCAGUUCAAAAUGUACAAAACGCCUGUUUUUCUUAAUGAAGUCCUAGUGAAACUGCCGAGUGACCCUUCCAGUGAAGAGCCAGUUUUCCACAUCUCCCACAUUGAUAGAGUAUAUACACUAAAAACAGACAACAUCAAUGAAAGAACUGCCUGGGUCCAGAAAAUUAAAGGAGCAUCAGAACAUUAUAUUGAAACAGAAAAGAAGAAACAUGAAAAGGCUUACCAAGCUCGGUCACAGAAGAGUUCAGGAAUAGGACGUUUGAUGGUGCAUGUGAUUGAAGCAACUGAAUUAAAAGCAUGCAAACCUAAUGGGAAGAGCAACCCCUACUGUGAAAUCAGCCUGGGGUCUCAAAGCUACACCACAAGAGCGCUGCCGGACACUUUGAACCCCAAAUGGAACUUUAACUGCCAAUUCUUCAUCAAGGAUCUCUAUCAAGAUGUUCUGUGUCUCACCAUGUUUGACAGGGACCAGUUCUCACCCGAUGAUUUUUUGGGUCGCACGGAAGUUCCAGUAGCCAAAAUCAGAACAGAGCAAGAAAACAAGGGACCUACAACUAAACAUUUACUGCUGCAUGAGGUACCAACAGGGGAAGUUUGGGUACGCUUUGAUUUGCAGUUAUUUGACCCAAAAACACUUCCCUGAAAAGAAGUGUUUUUUUUGUAAUAUUAGGAACUACAAACUGCUGCCAUUUGAAUUGAGUGUUUUGCAAAUAAUCCUUCCUUCCAGGCAGGUAUUGCAAAAUCACUUCACCUGAUCACUUGUACAUUAUUUCUCGGGGGGGGGGGUGCUUACGUUUGUGACAAUAUGCAAUGUAAAAUGUACUGUAUAUAGAGAUCCUGUAGCAGUGCCUUUCUUUAGAAUACGGAAAUUUUUGAAUGCUGACGCCAAUGUAUCUUUUCAAUGUAAUUUUCAGAGCUCUUUAAAGUUUUAAUUAGGAAUGUGGCAUUAAAAUGUUUAAAGUGUCGCCACUUGGAUUAAUAUGUGUGUGUGUGUAUGCACAUGUUACUGACAUACAUGCUGAGGGAAUGAUUUCGUUCAGGGCUAGAAUAAUUGAAUCUCACGCCUGAAAAAUGUAAUCUGCUUGAAUCUCACCUCAGGAUAUUAAUUGUAGGAAAUAUAUGCUGAAGUCUUAGCACUUCGCGAUCCUUUAAAUACUGUUUAUCAUUAAUAGGAAGUUUAUUACAAAAUAAAAAAAUUCCUUCAGUAGCACCUUAAAGACCAACUAAGUUUUUAUUUUGGUAUGAGAAGUGUGCAUGCACACGAAAGCUCAUACCAAAAUAAAAACUUAGUUGGUCUUUAAGGUGCUACUGAAGGAAUUUUUUUAUUUUGUUUCGAAUCAGACCAACACGGCUACCUACCUGCAACUAGGAAGUUUAUUAGUUAUUAGUUUAUUAGGAAAUUUCAACAAUUUCUUCAGUUCUGUUAAGCAUUUUAUAACCAGAUUUUGGUUAUAAGAAGGAAAAACUAUAAAAUAUUCAUUUAAAAUACUUGUUGAUAAUCAUGAAUAUGUUUCAUGUGAUUUGUUUAAUAUAUUUAUGUAAAUAAAUACUUGGGUUUCCUGGAAGAUGCCCGUAAAAUGUGCACCUUUAAGCUUCGCCAAUGGGCCCAAGGCAGUGAAGGUUACGUCACCCUUGGAUCGGCAUAGAGAAUAAAAUGAGCUUAUUAAAAUGAUUUGUCUAGAUUCAUAUGGAGGCAUACUGAUUUUCAAAAGUAUAUUUUAUUGUACCUCUGAAUGUGAAAAAACACAGGAACUAAAUUCAAGAAAAUAUAAACAAAAUGUAAAUCAUAUUUGUUACGGGUACUGCUCAUAGGAUAUAAUGGAAUUAAAUAGAUCUUCCUCUUCGACGCGAACAGGCAAAAGUGCCCACCGGAUUGCCCUUCUGUGCAAAAGACCUGCAGCACAGCUGCACCUUGUAGAAGAAGUACAAAAAGGCUGGCAGCAGUAGUUGCCAGUUUCAGGCAUUUGACAAAUAGGCGGGCCCUCCUGUGCAUUGUUAAAUCGACUCUCUGCUACUUAAGUACUGUACUGCUUUCAAUGCAAAGUUAGUGCGAGUUGUAUCCUUUAGGUGCUAUAUUGCUUAACAAGUUUUAACAGAAUUGCAAACUUGACCUGAAUAAAAGUUUUCUGUGUUUAAGUAUUUAUAUUUUUAUCUUAUCUUAUUUUAUUUUAAUGCAAUUUUCCUAGAGCAUCUAUUCAAUUCAAAGUCAGAUCCCACAUUCCAAAAACUGACUUGUGACAACUUUUCCUGGGCGGGAAUAAAAACAAAACUGCUAUUUCACAUUUACUUGUGCAAGUAUCUACAUCUAACUCAAUACAUACUUGAAAUAUAACAAAAUCACCACACUUCUGCAAUGAGUAAACAAAUGAAUGGUACAAAUUUUAAAUCAACAAAGGCCUUCAAUAUUACUAUCUUAACAAUACCACUAUUAAUCAUUUCAACUAGUUUGCCUAAAUUGUGUGUAUGUUGCAAGGUAUCUGCAAAAAUUUCUCAACAAUUGACACACUCCUCCUUUAUAUACGGUAUCUAUUUUGUACAGCUGCCAUGGUCAUGCCAACCGGAUGAUACCUGAGCAAAUGGUAUCUUUCACAUUACAAGGGACUAACAACUGUUGUAAGAGUACUGUGUCCUGAAUAACUUGGCUGUCUCUUACAAGAUCAGUAACCUUUUAGGACCUGGUUUUGGGUCACACAAGGUCAACAUCACCAACUGUUAGAGACCAGUGCAUAAUACUUGGUCUAAUGCUCCCUUCUGCUUUUCAACUGAACCAACUGCAGCAAGGUAAGUGGAUGAUCUACACCAAAAGCAUCUUCUUCUCCACAAGCCCCUCAUUUUGGAAAGUAGAUUCCAUGAAAGAGUCUUGUCUUCAAUUAAAUAGUGCAUUUAGUUGUGUAGAUAGAAGAGUGUAAUAUAUCCCUCACUUCCCUACUGUUAAUAGGUUUGUGCUUUAUGUUAUUGUGCUGUGGCCAGAAUCAGUAACUGCUCUAGUGCUCAGGUUUGUGCACAUCUUUAGAGGACCUAAUCCAUGUGUUCCUGGAACAUUAUGCCAGACAAAAACAGUUUUUGCUCUAGGAUGUUUCAUAUGUAUGGCACUGCUAUACUCAAAAGUAAAAAAGUGCUAUACACAGGGUAGGACUCCUAACCUGGGGG